AGUCAAACAAAUGGGAAAGCUGAGGUAAGAAGCUAAAUAAAUUCUCAAUCUAGACCUGGAAUAACAUACUUGGCUAAUCUUCUAAACUGGGAAUAUAAAGUAAUGGCUGAAGAAAUACCUCUGCGAGAAAAGAAGCAGAAAACUCUACCUCGAUCUGAUGGGUGUGGUCUGAAUAACUUUGAUGCUCUGGAUCUGUCUGGCGGCCUGAGAAUAGUCCUGGUGGGGAAAACUGGAUCAGGAAAGAGCGCAUCAGGAAACACUAUACUCGGCAGGGCUGCCUUCAGAGAGGAUCCGAGCCCUGUGUCGGUGACCAAACACUGCGAGACGCAGAGCGGGUGCGUGGACGGGACAGCGGUGCAGGUCAUUGACACGCCCGGCCUGUUUGACACGGCCAUCACGGAGGAAGAGUUAAAGUCAAGGAUAGAGGAAUGUGUCAAGAUGUCAGUGCCGGGCCCUCACGCCUUCCUCUUAGUGAUCAGGCUCGGUGUGAGGUUCACAGAGGAGGAGAGAAAUGCUGUCAAGUGGAUCCAGAACAACUUUGGCGACGACGCGUCCAUGUACACCAUCAUGCUGUUUACGUGCAAAGACCAGGCCAAAGCUGACAACGCCCUGAAGGAGUGCAAGGAGCUGCGCAGACUCUCCAUCACGUUCGGACGCAGAUACCACGCCUUCAACAACAACGACGCAGACGACCCGGUCCAGGUCAAAGAGCUGGUCACCAUGAUCAAGGAGAUGAUACAAGACAACGGCGGAAAACACUACACCAAUGAAAUGUACGAGAGAGCGCAGAGCAAGCUGAAAGAGGAGGAGGAGCGGAAGAAGCAAGAGGAGGAGGAGAAGAAGGAGGAGGAGAGAAAAAUAUGGGACGGAGAGAGAGAGAAGCAGGAGAAGGAGAGGCAAAAGCAGAAGAAGGUUAAGAAAAAGAACGUCUGCGUGGCCUCGGCGGCCGCUGUGGUGCUGGUGUUGGCUGGCGUGGUGAUAGCGGUGGGCGCCAACACCACAGUGGCGCUGGCUCUAGGAGCACCUGCACUCGUCCUGGGAGUCUUGUGUGGCCUAGCUGCCUUUUGUUUGUGGAAAGGAGUCCGGUGCAAAGCCAAAACCGAUUUUCCUGUUUAGACGGAGGUCUUUGCGAAGAACAUGUUGUGACAUCUGCAGCAUAUGCUAUACGCCAGGGGUGUCCAAAGUGCGGCCCGGGGGCCAUUUGCGGCCCUCAGCUAAUUGUUUACCGGCCCGCCACACAUUCUGCAAAAAUUGCAAAAUUGAUAAUAUUGCAAAAAUUAAAAAAAAAAUUUAAAAAAAAAAGUGGAAUGAGGUGAAAUCUAACAAGAAAAAGUUGCAAUGUUGACACAAAGCUGCAAUGCAGGCUGUUUUUUUUCUUUUGUCUUUGUUUAUUUUUCUUUUUUUUGCCAUUGCUAAAAAAAAAAAAAAAGGCUAAAAAUCUAUGUUAUUAUGAAUUAUUACUUAAAAAAUAUCACUUUAAAAUGUUUUAUGUGGAAAUGAUAUAUUGCAUAUAUUGUGUGGUUGCCAUAAAAAAACAUCAAAGUUUUAUUUGACAAAAAAAUGGCGGUAUAGCUCGGUUGGUAGAGCGGCCGUGCCAGCAACUUGAGGGUUCCAGGUUCGAUCCCCGCUUCUGCCAUCCUCGUCCCUGCCGUUGUGUCCUUGGGCAAGACACUUUGCCCACCUGCUCCCAGUGCCACCCACACUGGUUUAAAUGUAACUUAGAUAUUGGGUUUCACUAUGUAAAGCGCUUUGAGUCACUAGAGAAAAGCGCUAUAUAAAUAUAAUUCACUUCACUUCACAACAAAAGAGCAUAAUACAAACAAAAUAAUAGUUCAAAUGUAAAAUCGACAGAUAUAUCUGAAGUUGAUCUCGUAAUUUAAGUGUUAAAAGUAAAAAAAAACUAAUAAAAAUGUAUCACUUUAUGAGUGAGGGACCUUUUGGAUCCCAAAUAUAUUUAGUAGGAUUUUAUUUAACAUUUCACUGUGAUUACUCAACCAUAUUAAAGAAUUAAAAUCAAUGGUGUCCUGCAUUAUUGAUCUUUUAUGGCUCUAAUUACUAAAUACUGCAUAUUUCAGUUUUACUAUAAAAAACCAAGUUGUCUUUGACAGAAAAGGCAUAAAACCUUUUUUUUU